UUGAAGGCAGCGGGUCGGAGACCUCGGAGCAGGGCCACCUGGGCCACCGGAGGGUGGCGUCCGAGGGGUGGGCAUCAGCGUGGCUCUGGGCGGGGCCCUGGCUCCUCCCGAGGCAGCCACGCCCUCGCGCCACCAGCAGCCGGCCCUGCCACCUCCGACAUGGCCGCGGAGCUGCUGCGAGACAGGCUGACCUGCUCCAUCUGCCUAGGACUCUACCAGGACCCGGUGACGCUGCCUUGCGGCCACAACUUCUGCGCGGCCUGCAUCAGGAGCUCGCGGCGCUGCUGCGAGAAGGCGUGCCCCGAGUGCCGCGCGCCCUUCCCCGACGGCGCCGAGCCGUGCCGCAACGUGGCGCUCAGCGGGGUGCUGGAGGUGCUGCAGCUCGCCGUCCGGGAGCCCGGCCCCGAGCCCCGCGCCGCUGCGCGCUGCCCCCGCCAUGGCCGGCCGCUCGAGCUCUUCUGCCGCACCGAGGGCCGCUGCGUGUGCGGGGAGUGCACAGUGCACGAGUGCCGCCUCCACGAGCGGGCGCUGUUGGAAGCCGAGCGCCGCGAACGCGAGGCCCAGCUGAGAGCCAAGCUGGAGGUCACCCAGCAGCAGGCCACUCAGGCCCACACCCAGCUCCAAGAGCUCCAGCAGCAAAAGAGCCAGAUCCAGAACUCUGCCUGCAACCUGGCCUCGGUGGUCUCAGGAAAGUUUAGCUGCCUGCUGCAGGCCCUGGAGUUGCGUCGGAUCUCAGCACAAAGGGACAUCGAGGCAGCCCAGACACAAGCGCUGGCACCAGCCCUGGAUGAGGAGCAGCGGCUGAGGGGCCACCUGGAGGCCCUGGCUCAAUAUGGCCAGAGGGUCCAGGGCCUCCUGGAGCAGGUGGAUGACCAGACCUUCCUCCAGGAUUUGCAGCAGCUCUCUGAGCCCCCAGGACCCUUUGGACCACUGACUCCCCUGCAGUGGGAUGAAGACAAACAGCUGGGCAACCUGAAGGAAUUGCUAAGCCUGCUGAGUGGCCUCCUCCUGGAAGAGGGGGCCCCUGCCACAGUGCCAGCCAGGGCUCCUGACUUGGUCCCCCUGAAGGCCCCAGAUCCUGAGGCACAGGUCCCGAGCAUGGUGUGUCCACUGAGGAAGAAGCUCUGGCAGAAUUAUCGAAAUUUGACCUUUGAUCCGGACAGUGCUAACCGCCACUUCAGCCUUUCCUGCCAGGACCAGCGGGUGACGCACUGUCGCAGGUCUCAGGGCCCAGCCCGGCUGGGCAGCUUCGAGCUCUGGCAGGUGCAGUGUACCCAGAGCUUCCGGGUGGGGCACCAUUACUGGGAGGUGCGCACCUCCGACCACUCUGUGACUCUGGGUGUUGCCUACUCCGAACUGACUCGACAGAAGCUGGGAACCAACACGGACAACAUUGGCCGGGAGUCCUGCUCCUGGGGCCUCUGCAUCCAGGCGGACAGUGUCCUGGCCCGGCACAACGGGGACUCCUGGCGCCUCCCCAGGGUGUCUGCACGGCUCCUGGGCAUUGAUUUGGACCUGGCCUGUGGCUGCCUUGCGUUCUACAGCCUGGAGCCACAGGUCCAGCUCCUGCACACCUUCCAUGCCCUCUUCACCCGGCCCCUCUACCCAGUCUUCUGGCUCCUGGAGGGGAGGACCCUCACCCUGUGCCAUCAGCCUGGGGCCAAGCUCCCUCCAGCGCCGCAGGAAGCAGCCUCAGCGCUCCAUUGAGGAAGGCAUGGGGUGGUGCUCUGGGCUGGGGACAGGUGCCACUGUGCCUGUGUACCCAAGAGUUGGCGGGAGGUGCAGUGAUCCCAAGAGCCAUUCUGAUGGCUGUCAGAGGGACCCAAGAGCACAGCUCUCCAAGGGUGGCUCUUGGCCCCUCUUCUGUGUUUUGUUUGUUUUGUUCUUGUGGUACCAGGAAUUUAACCCAGGACCUUUGGCCUUUGGACCAGCCUGUAUCCCAGCCUUUUUUUUGAGACAGUCUUUCUAAGUGUUUAUGUUGCCCAGGCAAACUUAACAAUCCUCCUGCCUCAGCCUCCCAGAGUGUUGGGAUUGCAGUUGUGUUCCACCACUCUCAGCUGGCCUCUCUGUUUCUGUUUUUUUCG